AUGGCUAAGGAUUAUCCGCAGUUCCUGGAAAUUGAAAGGUGUGUUUGCUCGAGGUUGUGGUACACGACUUUGGUCACUCUCAACACCGAGAUUGAAACGUGCCACUCAGCAAACUACGAUUGCGAUGAUAUCGAGCACCUAAAGCAUCUAAUCGACACAAAUCUACAAAUAUACAAUGAUAAACAGCAGUACGAGUGGAUUAGUCAGAAAUUAAUACUAGGACUAGAUGAUUCCCUGGAAACCAAAGAAAAUUUAAAAACUAUUCAAUUUCAUUCCAAUUUACUUUUAAUCAAUGAUUCAAUUCCAGAAGAUAUAGAAAAGGAACUGUUGGAGCUUUUUAGAGCAAUUUUACGUGCCAAACAGGAAGAUACUGAUUCUGAAAAAGAAAUUUCUUUACCUUCAUCACUAUUUUUGGAAACUAAUUUGUGCAUUAGUCCAGCAUUGACUUGUUGGCUUUUCAAUGAUUUAUUUCAUGUGUGGCCUAUACUAUCAGAUCUAGUUUUGCAAAAUAUUCAUGCAAACGCUAUAAAAAGAAUAGUUAAGAAAGAAAAUAUUAACAACACUUUAGGAACAUUUCUCUGUAUUUUAUCAAAAUUAAAUAUCAGGGAAUCUGAGGAAGAUAAGUGGUUGAAUUGGCUGUAUCCUCGCGUAUUUGAUAUUUGUAGUUUCCAUGAUGUAGAGUUGGCACUUUAUUCUAGAAAAAAUGCAAAAUUCUUGAAAGAGUGGCACAAAUUUGUAGACAGCAAAUAUUUUAGAUCAUUGCCUGCCCAUGACGUAAUCCAUGCUAAAAAAAUUAGCCACCUGAUGUUGUUUAAUCAUAAUAGCGAUUUUAUGAAACCUCAACCAUCUGCCAAAGAAUUUGCUUUAAGAGUAAUCAAACGAAACGUUCAUUGGCUAUAUGAUAUUUUGGAAAUCAACACAGCUUUCUUGAAUAACGGACAAUAUGACGAAAUUGGCAAAAUCAUGUCUUGUCCACUGCUACGACAUAUUUGGCCCGUGACAUUGUUUUAUUUUUUGGAUAAUUUACCUGACGUGAGAAUCACGGCCGAAGAGGAAACGUGGCAAACAAGUUUUAGCCUGUGCGAGUCUCUAAAGUUUUUGUUAAACAAGUGCAGCCACAGCCAAUACGAGUACCAGCCGAUUCUCGUAAAUCUCACCGAGUGCUUGAACAGCCAGGUAGCCGUGAUCAAAUGGAUUUUAGAAGGCAGGAGAAAAUGCACGUCCGUCACCUUGGAUCAGAGCUUAUCAGUAAAGCGUAUACUAGACAGAUUGCAAGACCAAAGUAUACUAGGCGUGAUUAAAAAAUUUAUGGACAUCCACGAGUGCGAUGACAAUGAGAUAACGAGUCUUGUGAACGGUAAGGAUGAAGCCGUCAAAGUAUUCAGGGCAUACAAAAUCAUGCAGACCGCCCUCAAAGCCGUGCUCGCCAACGAAGCGAGCGACGAGACAGCACCGCACUACUUUGCCCUGCUGGAAUCAUCUUUGAACGCGUUAGAUCCGCUGAGCUUUAGACUAGAGCUUGUCGAGAACGUAUUUUCGAUGCUGUUCCUGCGACACGACGCGCACUUCCACGCGACGGACAACAGUCUGGAGGAGGACGGCUACGAGAGCAGCAGCUCGGGCUGCGAGAGCCGCGAACCAGAUACACCUGAGCGGCACGGCUUCGUUUGUAGCGUGGGCUCGGUCAAGUGUCUGCUAGAUCAUCUGAAGCGCUGCCUCGCGCAGCUGGGGAUCGACUUUGCCAAGCUGAGACGCGAGCUCGGCUCGGACGGCGAGUUCGAGCUGCUGCAUCAACGCAUCGUCCGCAUGGACGUAAUUCUGGCUGACGCAGCUUGGCGUCUCGAAUUGCUCACCCGUCACGAGUCCGGGGAUGCGGACGCGCGAUUGCUCGUCGUCGACAGGCCGAGCUUUUCAUACGGGUUGGCUGGCCAAGCUUUGUUUUACAACGAUCCGAGUGCCAGCUCGGACGAGGAGAGCAGGUCCGAAGAGUUGGAAGCCUCGUCCGAGGCCAGUAGCUCAACCGACAAUACGAGCAAGCGUGGCAGUAAAAAACGGAGCAAAGCUCACGCGAGCGCCACGACCACGCCGAGCAACGAGACUUCCGUCGAUUCCAAGCUCGUUGUCAACUUUAUGCUGGCGUCGAAAGAAAGCUUUGUCCUUCAGUGCCUCUGGAAAGCCGAUCACGCGAGAGCUCAGCAAGUCAUCGAGAUGUUUGACAUGAAGGGCACCCAAUUGGACGGUCAAGUUAGGUUUUCCCAGGCGAUGCGCCAUUUUCGAGAUGAAGUGACGAAACAAGUGAACUCCUCCACGGACACUGUUGAUUCCGCUUCCAAGAGAAAACAAGAGCUUCAAAUACUCGAGAACAUUCGUCAAGCGGCGCAAGGUGGCUACCAAAACUCUCGGCUGACCAGUCAGCUGGAGACAUUUUUGGCCUCGCAGGAGUCGAACGCCCGUCUCGCGAGCGAUUCGGGCGACGCCCGUGAAAUCCUGGCCCUCUGCGCCCUCGAUCUGAGCCUCACCUCAACUGUCCCCGAGUGCUCUUCCAGCAGUCUCCUGGACGUGGCGGCAAAACGCGUCAGGUCAUUGGCAAGCCAGCUCGAGGGUGGCCGCCACGUGCAUCACCUCGACGAUCUGCAGCGACUCGUCCAGGAGCCCAAGCUCGCGAAGGCAAACAGCUCGAUCCCGGGUUUGCUCUGCGAUGCAAGGGUGUCGCUGAAGAUUCAAGAGUGGAGAGAGAAAACGGAGUUUUGGCAAAGACUUUUGGAAAAAAGUAAGCUCUUCCAGGCGAGCCAGACAAUUUCACAGAUCGACGGGCUUGAGCGUGACGAUGGCGAGACGUUGCUCGAUGACAUAGCUGAACUUUGCAGCAACAAUCAAGAAAAACACCUGCACAAGAUAAUGGCGCAUCUGCAAAUUUUGCUCUCAAUGGUUCCUAACGAUGAACGAGGCGCAUUUACUACUGAGUUGUCUUUGUUGAGUAAAUCCUUGAAUGGCUACUUUGGGCAUCAGAUUUUCGAUUUAAACAUCGAGCCUGAGAGUCUCGAUAUCGUGGCCCAUAAAUUAGGAGUUAAUUUAGUUCACAGUAUAUUAGUCAAUUGCUGUCCAAAGCUCACCUGUUACGAAUCGCUGCGCACUGCUGAUAGUGAUACAUGGGGUUGCGUAGUUCUCAAUAAAUCCUUUAACAACAAUAACAGCGGUACGGUAGUACAAAAGCCGUUAGAUCCUAAUCAGUGUGUGACGAAUAUUUUAUUAGAAUUAAUUCAAGCUAUCGAACGUUUUUAUCCGGAUCGCGCGAGAAUAUCGAAUAAGAAUUUCGAUAAAUUGAUCCACGAUUCGGAAAUUCAGCAAAUUUUGAACAAAACAACACUUUUGCAAUUUUUGGAUCUAAGUGAAUUAUCGGAUGGCGAACAAACAACGGCUUUUUUCUUAAAUCUCUGGAAUCUCUUAUUUUUACAUGCUCAGUUGAGUGUCUGGGCAAUGGAACCUCCUUUUAACGCGCUCAGAUAUUUAAUUUCGUUAUCUUCAAUCAAUUAUCACGUUGGAGACUUGGGACGCAUUUCCUUAGCAACUCUAAGAUCUAAGCUUCUGGGAGGUAUGACGUGGGAUCGACAAUUCUUCUCACAUACCGAAGACCUGAAUGAAAUAGCUUGGCAGGAUCUGGAUCUCGUUUAUGAUUCCCGAGUCAUUUUUGCAAUGGCAAAUGAGUUUUCUGAAACUCCUGCGAUUCGUAUUUAUUCUCCGCAAACUCUUAAUCAAGACUUAAACGAGGGUCUUCGUGAUUAUCUCAAUUACUAUUGCACAAGAGAAUCUGAAAUUGAAAAUAAAAAUAGCGAUUCACAUGAAGAUACUCAAAUCGUGUAUUUACCAAAAAUUGUAGAUUACGAAAAUUUUGUAAAAAGUAGCAUCGUGAAUUCACAAUGUAGCAAUACAACCAAUAAUGAAUCGAGCCAAAAUAUUUCUUUUGUAAACAAUUAUGUUCGUGAGCAUUUGAUAAGUGGAACAUCGGAUAUAACUGUUAUCAACUACAAGCCAGUUACAAAAUCUUAUGAUGUACUUUUAAAGUAUGAAAAACACAAUGUAACGAGAUUCGAAUUAUCCGCAAAACGGAGCACGGAUAUCGAUUGCCAUAAUGUGGAAAAGUGGUCCUCGAGAUCUUUAAAAUCAAAUAUUCUACAUUAUUUAGAAGGUCAUUGCUGGCUGCUAUCCUACCUUGUCAAGUGUUUGCAUAACAAAGGCUCUCAUACAAUGGGCAAUAGCUGUGAUAACAUAAAAAGGACUGCCUGUUUCGAAAGCAUUUCCUCGUCUUCGUGGAUAUCUACUUUGGCUACCGUUUUGUUUGAUGACAAUCCAGUCCUAGCCGCAGUGUCGGAAAACCUAUCGUUGAACGAUCUGUGGAUUUAUUUAGAAAAAUGUUUAAAGACUGACCGAAUUCAAGACUGCCUUGACAUUAUCCAGGCCUUACCUAAUAAAUUUUUGAUGAAAUCCACGGAAAUACAAUAUCUGAAGGAUAAACUUCUCUGCGAAUUAAUUAACAGAAUAGAGAUAAACUCGGAUACCGAAAAAAAGCUUUUACAGUACAUUUAUCAAAUUAAAGACGUCAAUACUCUGGCUCAAAUGAUACUUUUUAACAUUCAUAAGUGGCCUGUUUAUCUAUGCCAAGAUGCUCUUUCCCAUGCAUUGCACCACGUCGAUAAGGAUAAGCUUCCAUCUCAUUGUAGGUUUAAAAUGAAUGAAACACUCUGCAGGGUAACCGUCUUUCAUAAAAUGCUGCCAAAUUGCGAAAAUAAAGAUUUAAAUUCUACGUGGCAAGAUGUUCUGAAUUACACUGAAAAAACUGAUCCUGUUUGUAUAGUCCAGUCCCUUGUGGAGGCUGAUAAAUUCGAAAUAUGCCUCGAGUGGUUGAAAUACCAAUCAUUCACGUUGGAAAUUCAAUCUCUCGUUAUGCAAGAUUUGCUCAUGGGUCUUUUAAAAAAUGACAACGCAGACUUCAAAAACGCCCAUAAACUUUUAACAACUCUACCAAAGCGUCAGUCUAUGAAAUUAUGCAAAGGUGUUCUCAAAAGACUGGAAUCAAUCAGGGCAAUGAAAUUUGUAGUGGGAUAUUUGAUGGAAAAUUGUGAAGCUCAUAAAACGAUAAUAUAUCACAGACGAUUUUUAGGCGUUGAAAUUCUCGAUCAGCUUGAACCUAAAGAUCGUUUCCAUUAUGCCCAUUUGAUAAAGGAACCUUUCUUAAUGCUGGAACAGCUGUUGAUGAAUUGUAAAUUAAAAAUUCUUUCCGUAAUCUUAGAUGUCAUUCAAAAAUCACCUAGUCUUCCAAAGUCUGGCAUCACAAUGGAAAGAUUCGACGAAUCAGUUAGAUUUUAUGCUGGAAAGGCUUUAGACUUUAGAAUAUCCUUGCAGCGAGACGGGAUUGAUUCUAAGCCUAAAGAUGGCUCUUUAACGGCGUCUUUGAGUAGCGAAACAAAAACUACCGAAUUCACAAUGCCAAUAAAUGUGCCAACAAAAGAAGAAUGGAUUCCCAACGACAAGGCUAGAGAAUGUAAUUCGUGCAAGGUCGUGAUAUUCUCGAUGUUUAAUCGCCGUCAUCACUGCCGUCGUUGCGGUCGAGUCGUUUGUGCCGCUUGCUCCCAGCAACGCAUGCAGGUUUCUGGUUAUCCUAAAUCGGUGCUUGUGCGCGUCUGCGACGACUGCAAGCAAGCAACGGCACUACAGACGCAAACAGCCCAAGGUACGCCCUCGAUCGCAAACAGCAUCGCGUCCUCGGACUCCUGGAGACUGACAACCGACGAAACGCACAACAAAUCUGUUCGCGAAGAAUUUUCAUUCGAGCAUGCGCCUAAUGUAUCCAUGUGCCUGUCCAUCAUGAGCCUGCAUUCGGAUCACAAGGCUUAUGCAAGUUUUAUGCUCGACCACUGUCAUGAGAUGAAAAGACUGCUACAGCCCGGGCCAGGUGGACGUAUCAACCCUGAAAUCGAUCACACCCUCAUCAUCAAGAUGAUCAGAUCCCUACUAAUAGCCGUGAAAAUGAAGUGUGCUAAGCUCGGUUGGAAUGCCGGGUUGGCGCACUGUGACCGUUUUCUCUCCCAAGUGGACUUGAUUGCCACUCUUGUGCAGUCCGACUGCCUCGCUCUCAUUCCUACGGACGACAGUCUGGACGAGCACGUACUCAGAAAAUUACGGGAUCUGCUGACCGAGAAGGAACAAUGGCAACUUGCGCUCGAUGUCAGCACCAAGGCUGGACUAGACACUCAAGGAGUUUGGGCUGCUUGGGGAAAAGCUUAUUUAAAGGCUGGUCAUUUUGAUCGCGCUAGAAUCAAGUUUUCUCACUGUCUAGAAAAGGUAUUGUACGAAAAUCUUAGUGAUUGGGUCAUUUUAACGUAUCCUGAAUCUGAAAACAAAGGCAAUGAAAAUUUGCUUGAAACGUUUGGACAGCCAAAAUCUGAAGAUUCGCCAAACCGAGGACGUCAGGCGAUAAAAAGCCGACCAAUCAAGGAUCCUCCUCUAGUUGUCGAAAUCUUACAAAUUUUAGAAAACCAAAGACAACUUAAUCCCAACGAUUCUCAGAGCGCGAUUCAGUCCAAAACAGCUGUAGCGCAAGAAAUUUUGACAACUCUCAACAGUCUAAAGUCUGUCAGUCAAGGUCAAUUUUCUCUUGUUAACAAUUGGAAUUCGCGUAACGUAUACUACGAAGAAAGCUUGCACUAUUUGCUAAAUUACGCAAGUUUCUCCUCCAUCCUUGAGUUUUACAUAAAAUACGAAGAAUUCCAAAAGUGUCUGGACUUUAUAUUGGAGAACAACGUUGAUCCCGAGCUGUUUUUCAACAGUAUAUACAUUCGCUGUCUAAAUGUUGGGAAUAUUGAAAAACUUCUUGGUGCUAUGAGGGCCAAUGAUCCAAGCCUUCUCAUGUACAAAAAAUAUCUAGUCUACACAUGUCAUAGUCUGGAGAAAAAGCAAUUUUUGCAUACACUGUACCAUCUGCAACUAUACAUGCAAGAUUUUAUUCGAGCAGCUAUGGCAUGCUUUCGUUUUUACACCCAGGACGCUCGCGAUUACGUUGAUUUGUACUCGAAAUCACACUUUUUAGUAGAAGCUCAAAAACACUUGGAAACUGAAUUAAAUGUCUACAACAAAAGUGUCAGCUCGUCCCUCAGUACAUCACAUGGUGGCCUUACAAUGGAAAUGGAGCCUUCAGAGAUAGAUAAGCACAUCAAUACGAUAUCCAGACAACUUGAAAUCGUCAAAUUUUUAAAUCAUGCCGAAAAAGAGGGUCGGCUUGUUGGACCUUACCUCCAGCGCUUGCUCGCUCUCGAUACGGAAAGCGUUCAUUGUAAUGAAUUACCAACGUUAUUUGGAAACCAACAGCAGAAAACGCGACUGGCUGUUUUAGCUAUGCUAUGUGGACGUAACAUAGAGGAAGGCUUCGGAAUUGCCUUUAGAAUAAUGCAAGAUUACAAUUUGCGUCCCCAGAAGGUAUAUUCCGUAGCUGGUCAUGUUCUGGCAUUGGAAAAAAAAGUACUUUUCAUAGAGCAGUUGACCAAGUGCGUGAUAAGCUCGGGUGCGCCCGAUUCUAAACUGAUAUCUGAUCGCGUUUUAAGCCACUGUGUAAAGUUAUUGCUGCACAAUUUCGAAGCAGAGAUAGAUUUAGAAUUUAAAGAUAAGAUCGAUUGUUUGAUAAGAUUAAUCAGUGACGUUGAGCUGAAGAUAAAUUCGUACAUCGAAAGUAAACAGUUGAAAGCUGCUUACCUCUUGGCUGUUAAGCUGAAAAAACCAAUCGCUCAAGAAAAAAUUAGAAAAAUUGCGAAAGAAGCUGAUAGACUCGGUCAGACUCCGGUGUGCGCAAUUUGUAAUAAAUGGUUGAGUAACGGUUCUUCGUAAUCUUCUUUCGUAAAAAUUUGUGUAUGACAU